AUGCAUAUUGUAUACAUCUUUGGGGCUUUGCUCCUCGGUGUCAGUUUUGCACAGCGACCUAGCAAUAAUACAAUAUGCGAUUACUAUACCGUCAAAUUGUAUGGCGCCAAUACAAGCGAUACCCAGAAUCAGUUGAUGCAGGGAAUCAUAGCUCUAGCUUUCGGAGGCGGAGCAAACAUUCCAAACGCAACAGAUAUCACCGGCGUGUUCAAUCCAGGAACAUAUCAAGGCGUCCCUGUUGAUCUGCGGCCAUGGUUUGACGGCUCCAAAGCAUCCACGAACCUCAACAAUCAGCCUGUAGGGAUUAAUUGGCUGGACGGAGGAGGAGUUCAACCGCUGAACAAUUUCUUGACGAGUGGAAGUCAGACUGCAAUCCAAUUUUCGACGAAUACUACAAAUCAAUAUCGACUAUUCUCACAUUGGACCUUUGCCUUCUCUCGCCUCUUCGGCUGUACGCAACCUAAACCUCUGCCCGCGUUGCCUGGCGGCUUCCUCUCUCUUGCCUACGUCCAUAAAUUCAUGGGUUUGAACUACACCGAAGUAGGACAUUUCAUAAACCAGUUGACAAAAGCCUCUGGCCAUUUCGGGUUUUCGGACCAAGAUGCUCUCACUCUGAACACACAAAUGAACGCACAGUAUAACGUGAGAUGUGCACCGCCUGUCGACAAUCCAAGACUAGGACCACAGCUGUGGAGUCUUUGCCAGAACGAAACAUGCCCGCUAGCACAACCAAGUGCAGAUUGCGCGCCCUAUGUCGAUAUUCAACCGAGUGGUGUGUCAAGAGCCGUGUCCGGAACAGCUUCACCAUCUGUAUCACCUACAGCACCACCCACCUCCUCAGCAGCGACAACAUCCGCUUCUGCCUCCACCACUACCUCAUCCACAUCCUCGUCACCUACAACCGCCGCCUCCUCGUCUCCCGCAACACUCUCCCCCGGCGGCAUAGCAGGCGCAGCAAUCGGCGGAGCGGCCGUCUUCCUCUUCUUCAUAACCCUAAUAAUCUACCUCCUCCGGCGCCGCCGAAACGACAAACCAGCCCCAGAACACCUGCCGCCCACGACUCAAUCCUACUACACUGCCAGCCAGCCCGAUCAUCACGCGAGUUAUAUGAGCGGCAACACAAGUCAGACUGCGCACGUCGAGCAGUGGGUUCAGGAGGCUCCUAGUGAGCCGCCUGCGGAGAUGGAGGGGGGUGCUUGGACUUCGAGUCCGAAGACGGGGCAUGUUAGUAGUAGUACUUAUUUGAGUCCGGUGAGUCCUAGUAGGUAUUGA